AUGUCGAUGUUAGGAAGUCACGAGCGAGAAGCCUCCAUUCUCGGGGGACAAGGGAGGUUCGACGAGUCAUGGACUCUGAGAGCAGGAAGGGAGCGGAGACUUAAGCCCUACCUGAAGAACGCAGAACUCGCCGAGACAGAGAAGAAUGCUCAACUUGAGGAGUCGGAGGGCCUCGGGUUCGAAUCCUGCCUCUGCCACCUGGGCAGUGGCCUCUUAAUCAACGGUCCCCAAGCCUGGGGGUUGUUCGACGUCACUAGAGGACUAACUCCCGGGGAUCGGGGACUCGCUCCCUUCCCCAGAAACGUAGGACUAACCUCCGAUUGCGGCCGUGGCUGGAGGCGGUGCCUGACCCCGGGAGCCCCACGCCCCCACCGCCCGGAUACGACCUCCCCCCAAGGGGCCCGCAACAACGGCUCGGCAGGACGCCUCCGGCGCCUUCUCCCCGUAGGCCACGCUCCCCCAGCGUCCACACGAAACAACGGCGGAGUCGGCGGCGGGCCGAAACCGGACAGGGGCGGAGUGACAACGACCAGAGAACACCAGAGGCGCCAAAGGCUGAUGCGAGGAAGAUGGGUAGGCGGAAGGGGGCGCGGCCAGAAGCGUCCGCUCAACGUCAGCACGUCUGUACGCUUCACGUCACGUCGGCGGCCUUCCUUGAAGACCCUCUUGAAGAGUCAAGAUAAAGAUUUAUUGACCAGAGCAUCUGUAUUUUACUUUGUCUAUUCUGUAUCUUCUUUACCCGCUGGAUAUCAAGAAUUACAAAAACUUAUGCCCUGA